GUGAGGACAAUGCAAAAUAUUCAUCUGCAUUUCAGAGGGGCACUAUGGGAGUCCAGCUAUUCAUGUUUGCCCAUUAAAAGCAGACCAACUUUAACAACAACACCCUUUCAUAACACCCUGUUAUGGGUCCUCAUUGGGGUGUUGACGUUCCCAUGCUGUGUACGCUGUUUGAUAUUCAAAGUGGGGGUCCUGGGGCCUUGGGACUGCGACCCCAUAUACCACAGGGCCCAGCCCGCUGCGGCCGCCAGCCUGGCUGUAAACCGGAUAAACGAAGACUUAAAUCUGGACCUGGGCCUCAAAAUACACUUCGUCGUCCUGCAGGAGCCCUGCGAAACCUCCAAAGCCCUCACUGCGUUCAUUAACAAUGAGAGGAUGGCGGACGCGAUUGUGGGCCCCACCAACCCGGGGUACUGUGUUGCUGCCUCUCUGCUGAGCAAGAACUGGGAUAAGGCCCUCUUCUCCCACGCCUGCGUUAACACCGAGCUGGACCGGCUCAUAGGAUACCCGACCUUCGCAAGGACCGUGCCGCUUCCUGCCGACGUGUUGUUCGCCGUCUUGAAACACUUCAGGUGGGCCAACGUUGUGGUGGUCUCGUCCAAUGAGGACAUUUGGAGGGAUACCGCUGCGAGAGUGGCUAUUGCUCUGAGGCAGAAGGGGCUUCCCGUUGGCCUGGUAACAUCCAUCGGUCUGAAUGAGACGGAAGUUGAGGGCACAUUGAGGAAGAUCCAGGCCGCAGGAGAGAUCAGGGUCGUCAUCAUGUGCAUGCACUCCGUCCUGUUGGGAGGGGAGCAGCAGGCCACCUUUCUUCUCACAGCACAGAAAAUGGGCCUGACUUCUGGGAAGUAUGUGUUUGUUCCCUACGACACCCUCCACUACAGCGUGCCCUACCCCAACGUCUCCUACUUACCGUUGCAAAACAACAGCCGGCUGAGGGAGGCCUACGACGCUGUGCUCACCAUCACCGUGGCCUCCGAGCCUUGGUCCUUCAACGAGGCGCUUGCCUCCGCCAAGUCGAGUGGGGAAGUAACGCUAGCCGUGCAGCCGGAGCAGGUAACCCCAUUCUUUGGGACCAUCUACAACAGCAUCUAUCUGUUGGCCAAGUCCAUCCACAAUACCAGGAGAGGAGGCAUGCCGCUGUCAGGCACCAACCUGGCGUACUUCAUAAAGAACACAACGUUCACAGGCUUCAACCAGAAGGUCAAGGUGAACACCGGCGGGGAGGCGAAGACCAACUAUGUCAUCCUGGACUCUGACAACAGGGGGGGCAAACUGUACCAGACCUACCUGGUGGACCUAACGACCGGAUCGCUUCGUUUCGCUGGGAGGUCCAUUCAGUUCCCGGGAGGAUAUCCCCCGCCUUCCGACUCCAGCUGCUGGUUUGACAAGAACGUCAUAUGCACGGGAGGUGUGGAGGUCAUCUACAUCAUUGUGGUGUUUGCUGUCAUCUUCACGCUGGCGGUGGCAGGACUCAUCAUAAGUCUUUAUAUCAGGAGGAGACUCCAACAGAUCCAGCUGGUCAAAGGUCCCAAUCGAAUCCUCCUGACCUUAGAGGAUCUCACUUUUAUCAAUCCUCAGCUCAGCAGAAAGAGAAUCACUUUAGAUGACCUGAGCGAGUCCAAGAGCGCUCUUGAAGACAAAUCUACCGACCUUUCGCACUCUAUUAACAGUAUGCAUACUGUAACUCAUGAAACCACCAAUGUAGCUGUGCAUGAGGGCGACUGGGUGUGGUUGAAGAAAUUCCAAGAGGGACAGUUCAAAGUAGUGAAGCAGAGCACCACCAAGAUUUUCACAAAGAUGAAAGACCUGAGAAACGAGAACGUGAAUCCGUUCAUUGGCUUCUUUUUGGACUGCUCCAUGUUUGCGGUGGUGACGGAGCACUGCUCCCGGGGAAGUCUGCAGGACCUGCUGAGGAACGAUGACGUCAAAUUGGACUGGAUGUUCAAGUCUUCGCUUCUGCUCGACCUCAUCAAGGGAAUAAAAUACCUUCACCACAGAGACUUCCCUCACGGCAGAUUAAAAUCUCGUAACUGUGUGGUAGACGGGCGUUUUGUUCUCAAGAUCACGGACUAUGGCUUCAAUGAGCUGCUCGAGUCUCAGAAAGCUGAAAUAGAAGAACCUCUACCUGAAGAUUUAUUUUGGACAGCUCCAGAGUUCUUGAGGGAUCUUGCAAACUCACGCAAAGGCACCUACAAGGGAGACGUGUACAGCUUUGCUAUCAUCCUUCAAGAGGUGGUGGUCAGAGGUUCGCCAUACUGCAUGCUGGGUCUCCUUCCCGCAGAAAUCAUCCGUAAGGUGAAGAAGCCUCCUCCCAUGUGUCGCCCUACUGUUGCUCCGGACCAGGCCCCCCUGGAGUGUAUCCAGCUGAUGAAGCAGUGCUGGAGCGAAAUGCCUGAACGCAGACCAACAUUUGAUGAGAUCUUCGACAGGUUCAAGAUAAUCAACAAGGGUAAGAAGACUAACAUCAUCGACUCCAUGCUGAGGAUGCUGGAACAGUACAGCUCCAACCUGGAGGACCUCAUCAGAGAGAGAACGGAGGAGCUGGAAGUGGAGAAGCAGAGAACCGAAAAACUGCUGUCUGAGAUGCUACCACCUUCUGUGGCCGAGGCGCUGAAGACAGGUGCCACUGUGCAGCCAGAGUACUUUGACCAGGUGACCAUCUACUUCAGCGACAUUGUAGGAUUCACGACCAUCUCUUCGCUCAGUGAUCCCAUCGAGGUGGUCGACCUGCUGAAUGACCUCUACUCUCUGUUUGACGCAGUGCUCAGCAACCACGACGUCUACAAGGUGGAGACCAUCGGUGAUGCGUACAUGGUGGCAUCGGGUUUACCAAAGAGAAAUGGCAAUAAGCAUGCUGCUGAGAUUGCCAACAUGUCUCUGAACAUCCUCAGCUCAGUGGGAACCUUCCACAUGCGCCACAUGCCAGACGUUCCGGUCAGGAUACGCAUAGGAAUCCACUCAGGGCCCUGCGUCGCUGGGGUGGUGGGUCUCACUAUGCCUCGGUACUGCCUUUUCGGCGACACCGUCAACACUGCAUCCCGUAUGGAGUCCACUGGGCUGCCUUAUAGAAUCCAUGUGAACAUGACCACCGUGAAGAUCCUGCGUUCUUUAAAUGAGGGUUACAAAAUCGAUGUCAGAGGCCAGACCGAGCUGAAGGGUAAAGGUAUUGAGGAGACAUACUGGCUCGUAGGGAAAACAAACUUUACGAAGCCUUUGCCAAAACCGCCGGAGAUCAAACCAGGGGACAACUGGCAGGCGAUGGUAACGGAGGAGAUCAAGACCCUUUUUCGCAAGGCCAACAGACAGGUGGACAAAAAGAUCUGAACAAGAGGACGCGAUGUGGGGGAAAAAAAAGAAGCAAAAACCAGAGGAGAGGGGAGGAAGGGGAGAGAAAGACGAGAGACAGGGAGCACCACCCAUCUUCUCGCCGUGGCUUAAUGCCGACUUG